GUGGUUGAGAGUGCGUUCAGUUGUCGAUGUUACCUUGGACGUGUCAAAAUGGCGGAAAAUAUGUCUCUACUGGGUCUAGAGGACGAGUUGACUUGCAGUAUCUGUUUAUGUCUGUUCGAGAACCCGGUGAGUUUAAUCUGUGGACACAGUUUCUGCGCCAACUGUCUCGAAGCGACAUGGAACGACAGGGUAUCAUCUCUGUCCUGCCCUCAGUGCCGAAUGGUGUUCACCAGUAAACCUGAACUAAAGAAGAACACCGUCCUCAGCGCGGUGCUUGAUGCCUAUAGAAUAAAAGCGGGUGUUUCUGAGCCCGUCAAGGAACAUUUUGAGGUGAAAAGGAAAGAUCCAGACGCGAUCAGGUGUGACAACUGCAUGGAAGCCAAAGCGGUCAAAACUUGUUUGACAUGUAUGGCGUCUUAUUGUGAAGACCAUGUCAGGCCUCACCGAGAGAAUGCCAUUUUUCGGGCCCAUCAACUGUGUGAUCCGCUGCCAGAUCUGAUGGACCGUCUCUGUUCAGAUCAUGGCAAACUGAUGGAGUUCUACUGCAGUCAGCACCAGAGUUGCAUUUGCAGUACCUGUCUGCAGGACAUGCAUAAAGGCUGUGAGUUUAUCACGGCAGAUGAGCGGCGCUUCAAACAAAAGACUGACCUGAAUGACAAGCUCAGCAUCCUUGAAGUCAAAACUGACAAGAACCAGCAGGUUGUCACACAGAUGAAGGAGCAACAAAACAAAUUAAAGGACUUAGCUGUAACCCGCAAACGUAUUCUUGAGGCUGAAUACAGGCAGAUCAGAGAAAUGAUUGACCAAGAUGAGAAAGAAGCCAUGCUUGCUAUCGAUAAGGAACAGGAGAAAGGUCAGAGCAAACUGGUCUCCUUGAUGAAGAAAUUUAAUGAGAACAUCGAGAAGAUGAAUAGGACCAAAUCUGAGAUCAACAGUCUGCUGGACCAGUCGCAGUCACUAGACUUCUUAAAGGCGUCCGUGGAUUUGCCCUCAGUGGUAAAUUUUGAACCCUAUAACCCUCGCAUCAGUGUGGAAAGUAAAGAGGUGAUAGCUUAUCAUUCCUCUGCAGUUGCACUGAAGGAGUGGAUCACCAGAUUAAUGGAUCAUCCAUUAGAAAACAGAAUCUAUGUAAUUAAACCAGGUCUAGGAAACCAAUUCCCAGUAAUCCGAAGUGAGCCUCCUGCCUUCCUACCAAAUUCAAGAGGCAUGUCACAUAUGAGAUUUCCCAGUCCAGAUCGCGGUCCCAAAGCCAACCCUUCAGGAGCUAAACAGAAAAUGUCAAGCAAGAGUGCUAAUAAAGAUCAGAAGGAUCACAAAGAGCGUAAAGACCAGAAGCCAAACAAAUCUAGGAAUUCCUCUAAAGGAGCAAAUCCUGUUUUCUCCAAAAGCAUGGAAAACUUGCUUGACAUUGCAGUUAAAACUGUAGACAUACCUGACAUAAAUCCACCUGCUAGUUCACCAGCUGUGCAAAACUUUAUUAAAAGAAGUGACCUUCUUAAAUAUGGCACUAUCCUCAAUUUUGACGUCAGAACAGCUCACAAGCGGAUCUCGCUGUCUGAAAACAACACCAAAGCGACAGUCUCGGACGAAACUGCUUACUAUCCAGAUAUUCCCCUUCGCUUUUCUGUCUGUUCCCAGGUGCUCUGCACAAAGGGUUUCUCUCAGGGCCGUCAUUAUUGGGAGAUCAAAAUGAGCAGUAACAACUUCUGCGGAUUGGGACUUGCAUAUGGAAGAAUCGACCGCAAGGGUCCCUCUAGCCGUCUGGGGCGUAAUGCAGACUCCUGGUGUGUGGAGUGGUUUAACGUGAAGCUUUCUGCAUGGCACAACAGCAUCGAGACGGUGCUGCAGAAUCCCAACCCAAGCCGCGUGGGUGUCUUGCUGGACUGUGAUCAGGGAAGUGCAACAUUCUAUAAUGUGCAGGACCGGGUCUACCCCUUCCACACAUUUGUCUUUCCUUUCACUGAGGCUGUGUAUCCAGCUUUCUGGAUUUUCUCAAAUGGUUCUUCUGUCUCUUUCUGCAAGCUCAGCAACUGAAAGUAUAUAAGUUGAACUGAUAUUCAUUUUAAUGUAUUGAUGUUCUGUUUAUCUUUGGAGCACAAAUUAAUAUAUUUUUAAUAUUCUCUCAUCUUUUUGUCCAUAGAGUAAAAGUCCACACAACCUGAAUGUUCAAGGUUCAUGUUUUAUGAAAUCUUUAUGAAAUCUUUGAAGGAUUUUCAAUGGAUGGGCAAAAAUAAUUAUGGUAUAUUAAAAAUAUCUUCAUUUUUGUUUCGAAGAUGCUCCUGUAAUGUCUUUUGGGUUUGGAAAGACAGGAGACAGAUAUAAACAUUCAUUUAUGGGGUUUAAACUAGUCAGGUUUGAUGCAAAUAAUCUUUCUAAUUCUAUUUUAGGUGUGUUGUGAUUGUACAGAAUGCAUAAAGCAGUCUUUUUAAUCUAUAAAUGUCCAGUAAUGUCUUUUAAUGUUGACCAAAAAAAAAAAAUUAGAUUGAUGGAUGGAUGAUAUCUAAAGGCUAAUGCAGUCCAACUGUCAUUAAAAAAAAACUCAAAGUGAGGAGGUUUGUAUUGCAUUUGCAAUAAUGAUUUAUCCUAUUAUAUGGCUACUUACCACA